AUGCCAAGGUCAUGGCCUGGCCCUCGUUUGGCUUCUGGGUAUUGGAGCGACGAGAGCGAGGGUAAACAGGACGAUGGUGAGGAAAUGCCAUACCUAGAGCCAGACCUAGUGCUUAUCAGUGAGUUACUUGAAAAUAUCGAGCGCAGUCCACCUGCUCUCGAGGCUCGCGUAUUGCUAAUGCAGCUUUACGUCGGGUGCGGGUGGCAUGAUGCGGCAAAGGAGGAGGCGCAUCAAGUCCUGGCAAUCGAUGGCUCUAUUAAAGAAGCACAGAUAUACCUGGGGGAUCGCUGCAAAGCGAGCCUCCGAAGGGACGACGGAGGUGAGAACAGGAAAGCGACGGCGAAGCCUGCCAGCACCGGGACGAAGUCCAAGGUAAAAGGCAAAGACGCCACAGAGCUCCGACACCAGAGAGCUCAACCUCCGACAUGGCGGCCACGUCUCGGGAAAAUCACCUCUCCAGCCGUCUCGCUACAGAAACUCGAGGAUGGGUAUGUUGCAUUGAUGAGAAAUGCCCAGCUCCUCCUUGGUGAAACGAAACUCUUGGAAGACCUCAACGUUCCACAUUGUGAAGAGCAGAUAUUGGACCUCGCAGCAAUGGCGGAAGGUCAUUUGAGCAGCGUUGUGAGAGCCAGGCGUCUACAGAGCGUAAAAAUCGUAGCGAAGGCGAUAGUGGCCGAUAGCAAAGACGGGGUCCAGAAUGGCUUGAACACCGCGGUGAAGGAUCUAGACGAUGUGGCUCGCUGGUUAAGAAAGUCAAAGGAUACCGCAGAGGCUUCUGGAAAGGGUAUGAGCAGAUCAACUGGUAACGACGACAAAGACGAGAUCCGCGAAGCUUUGGUGAAACGGGCGAAAGCAUUGAAGGCUUUGCUACCACAGCCAUUGCAGCCACUCGCAGACUUGGCAAUGAUGCAUGCGGAGCACGAGUUCCUAAAUCGAAAGUACGUCAACGAUGAAACCAUGUCUUUCGAUCCCAUAUCCAGUAUCCCGAGGGCCAAUUUCUGGACCAGCGAGGAUGGCUACGCGUGGGACAUGGAGGAAUUAGCAGGAGCAAUCCGGAGCGGCAAAGGUGUAAUGAGGAAUCCACUCAGCAGGCAAAUGUUCACACGGGCCGACGUACGGGCCAUCGUUCAACAUCCCCUAGGAAAUGGACUGCAGGCCUUGCAGUUGGAGCAAAGCAAGCUCAAGCACGGCGUGCGGCCGCAGACCAUAGACGAACUCGAUACGCUGGCGAAGGUCUUCAUAAGCGACAUGACCGAAAAUGGAAAACCGAGCCGUGUCGCUGUGGAGGCCUUUGUUUCAUACUUGGAAACGCUACCGAGCCACGAACAAGAAGCCAUUGACAAGCUAAAGGUGCCGGCCAAGGACAGCUACACGGGGAUGCCGUUUGAUACGACCAUUGGUGAGGCGGUGGAAGACAUGCAAGGAAACAGGGUGUGCCUUCACAAGACAGGCGAUUUCCUGGCCCAAGCCGUAAGAUACUUGAGAUGA